CGUUGACAACGGAACUGAACGGACGGACCGGGAGUACCCGUUGCCAAUUAACUUUAAAAAGAAUACCUAGCCUCCACAACGAUCCGUGAUAAAAUGCAAAAAAAAAAAACAGAAACCAAAAUUAAUAUAAAUAUAUAAAUCGAUAUUUUCGUCAUUUCGUCAACGUCAUCAAUCAAAUACGAAUCAAUCAUAAAUAACAACCACCGGCGAUCCCCAGCAAAAUAAAAACACGCGCUCAAAGUGUGAGCAACCAGCAGAGGCCAAGCGGCGGCAGGUGAACAGACAGACAGGUGGACAGACAGUGAUUCAACUACCGCAAAAGCUGUCCCCAAACAAAAAGAUCGGCAUAGAACAGCUAAUUGAGCUGUCGUAGCGAAAACGGGAUAAUUAGUUUCACAGUCUAUUCUACUAUUGGCCAAAAAUUAAGGUGAUAAUUCCCAUUCGGCAUUGGGCCAAAAACGAGCGCGCAUAGAUAACCAGAUAAUGAAAUACUGUGAUACAUUUGGUUGUUAUUGCUCCUGUUAAUUAAGCUUUCGCACGGCAGUCAAGUGAGGCACUUGAAAUGUACACAUGUAGUACACUUACCUCUAUCCGACAUAGACGCUUCACACUAUCGCAAUCAUCAACAACUUGAAUAAUCAUUUCUUUAUAACGAAAGACGGAGACGAAGUCCGAAGACCGGAGGCGGAGGCAGAGGCAGCCCUUGGUUCUCAGAUGUGAUAUCUGCUGUACAUUUGCAUAGUCGGUGUAAAGGAAGUCGGUUGUGACUCGUCUUGGUUUGAAUCGGGUGCCCACUAAAGUGCAGCUAAUUGAAUUUAAUGCACGCAUAAAAAAAAAGAAAAAAAGUAAUAAAUAUAAGAGAGAUUCACUCCAGGAAUUCGCUUUCAUCACGCAUGUGACUGACAUCCGCAAGUUGCAUUCGCACGCCAAUGCGGAAAAGUGAGAGUGCGCGCGCGAAAAUUAUUUACAAAAAUCAUAAAUUGAAGUGCAAUUAAAUAGCAAUUUCAUUUAUUUUGUGUUAUCUACGUAAAUAUUUAAUUACUUGCAAAAUGAAAUUAAACAAAAACGGACAAACGGAGGCCCUGCUAAUUGUGCCAGCGGCCACAACGCCAAUGAUACAGCAAAUGAAUAAUAAUAAUCAUCCAGUUCGAACAUAUUCCAAUGCCUCUUCAUUGCGUAUCAAUAUGGGUCUGGGUCAGCAGUCACAUCAUCCAUAUCAUGGCGGAGGAGGAGACAUCGAGGAGGGCCUGGGCUAUACACACACACUGAUGUAUGGUCGAUAUACCAAAGAUCUAGGAGAAUUCGCUAAAGAUGAAGCCAGAAAACUCAAAUUACUUGAAAAGCGACGAAAGCAAGAGGAUAAACAAAGGAAUAAGGAACUGCUAGGCAAACAAACAACGCGAGUGAAACGCAUCUCAUCAUGGAUAUGGCGUCAUACAUUGGCCCGUCUGGGCGAGGAUUGGGUCUUUUUGGCCCUGUUGGGCAUAAUAAUGGCUCUACUCUCAUUUAUCAUGGACAGAGGAAUUGCAGUUUGCACAAAUGCCCGAAUUUGGCUAUAUCGCGAUCUAACAUCUCAGCCAUUUAUCCAGUACAUUGCUUGGGUAUCAUUACCGGUCUGUUUAAUCCUAUUCUCAGCCGGUUUUGUACAUCUCAUCGCACCGCAAAGUAUCGGUUCCGGUAUACCUGAAAUGAAGACCAUAUUGCGUGGCGUUCAAUUGAAAGAGUAUCUCACAUUUAAGACAUUAGUGGCCAAGGUAAUUGGUUUGACGGCAACUCUGGGCAGCGGUAUGCCAUUAGGAAAGGAAGGUCCUUUCGUACACAUAGCAAGUAUUGUAGCACAAUUAUUAAGUAAACUUGUCACAUCAUUCCAAGGCAUCUAUGAGAAUGAGUCGCGCAAUUCGGAAAUGUUAGCGGCUGCCUGUGCUGUUGGCGUUGGUGCCUGUUUUGCGGCACCUGUUGGCGGUGUCCUUUUCAGCAUUGAGGUAACCACAACAUAUUUUGCUGUACGCAAUUAUUGGCGUGGUUUCUUUGCGGCUGUAUGCGGAGCCACAGUAUUUCGUCUACUGGCCGUUUGGUUUCAAAAUGCCGACACUGUGCGAGCUCUAUUUCUUACGAAUUUCACCACCGAGUUUCCCUUCGAUCCGCAGGAGCUGUUUGUCUUUGCCUUAAUUGGUUUUGUCUGCGGCCUAGGUGGCGCCUCCUAUGUUUGGGUACAUCGUCGCUACGUACUAUUUAUGCGUUCCAACAAACGCAUGAACAAGUUCCUGCAAAAGAAUCGCUUUCUAUAUCCUGGAUUUCUGGCACUUUUAGUAUCCAGCAUUUCGUUUCCAUUGGGCACCGGCCAAUUUUUGGCCGGCGAACUGAGCACUCAUGAGCAAGUGACGCAGUUGUUUAGCAAUUUCACCUGGUCCCGCGAUGAUCUGACCGUGGAGCAGGCUGCUGUGGUAACCAAUUGGAUGACCGGCUAUACGAGUGUCUUUAGCAAUCUUGUUAUCUACACGCUUUUUACGUUUAUGUUCUCCAUUAUUGCCUCGACGAUUCCUGUGCCAUCGGGAAUGUUUAUUCCAGUUUUUAAGAUCGGUGCCGGUUUUGGUCGCCUAGUGGGUGAAUUUAUGGCCGUAACAUUUCCCCAUGGAGUACGCUAUGGUGGUCGACUGUCACCCAUUAUGCCCGGCGGUUAUGCCGUUGUGGGUGCGGCUGCCUUCUCUGGGUCAGUAACGCACACCGUUUCCGUGGCUGUGAUCAUCUUCGAAAUGACUGGUCAGAUCACACAUGUGGUGCCCGUUAUGAUUGCCGUAUUGGUGGCCAAUGCCGUGGCCGCUCUGCUGCAGCCCUCCAUUUAUGACAGUAUUAUACUGAUUAAGAAGUUGCCAUACCUGCCCGACUUAUUGCCAUCUAGUUCCGGAAUGUAUAGCAUAUUUGUGGAGGAUUUCAUGGUGCGAGAGGUGAAAUACAUUUGGCAUGGCAUCUCCUAUCAAAAACUGAAAGAGGUUCUAAAGAUCAAUAAGACACUGCGAUCACUUCCGCUGGUAGAUAGUCCCGAUAAUAUGAUUCUUUUGGGAUCUGUACAACGUUAUGAGUUAAUCAAAAUGAUCGAGAAGCAUAUUGGUCGUGAGAAACGCAUGGAUGUGGCACAAAAAUGGCAAAAGGAGGCUGAACAACGUGCUCACGAAGAGGAACAGGUGGCGGCCGCUGCCAAGGUAGAAGAGCAACUGAAAAUGCGUCGACCCUCACGCUUUGAGGUAUUGCCGGCUCCGGAUAUACUUAGCUUACGUCAGAUUGCCAACGAUGAGAUGCUGCCACCGAAAAAACGAGCCGAGACUAUGAACAGCUCUCUGGCUCCGCGCAAAUCCAUUCUCAAGAAAACCAAUUCAUUCAAUUUAAAGACCUAUGCUCCAACCUCAGCCUCACCGCACAGUCCCAGCCUUACGCCGUACACCACAAUCACCGGCAAUUCAGAAUUCCGUAUACGCUCUGCCUUCGAGGCCAUAUUUAAGAAGUCAACAACUCUUCAGGAUGUUCAACCUGAUCCAGAGACAGGAUCGAUAACAAUUUCCCCAGCUGCCAGCAAUAAUGAAGUGCAGGUGCAGCGUGCUCCUAGCACUCCGGGCAUAUCCAAAAAGGUUCAACUGCAAGCACUUAACAAUUGGGAUUUUGUGACCGAUCAGAUAAUGCUGCAAGUAAAUCCUAAUACAAAAGGAAGCGAUACCACAGUUCAAAAGGAUAUAAAAAAUAUUUUAGAAACGGAAAAUAAAGAUUCUUUCAAAUACAUUGAACAAAACUUGGACCAACCAACUACUGCCAGUAUAAAAUGUAAAUCGAAUAAAGUUUCCGAUAUCAAUAGAAUUGAGCAGAAAAAAACAAGAAAAAUUCAAUUUGCUAAUGAAGUCAAGGUGAAUAAUUCACCAAAUAAUAGCUAUACACUGGAUAUGGACAUGCAAGAUAAGUUGAGCAAUAAUAUAGAAAGUGAAACUUUGGGUUAUACGAUAGAGGAUAUCGAUGAGAAAUCUGUUAAAUGUGAAAAUGAGGAUAAUAUAACUGAAAAUACAAGCGAUGAGUCAAGCAAAGUUAAGAAAUCUGUACAGUUGCCUAGAGAACGUGUCAUAGAUAUGUCACACGAGGAUCAAAAGAAAUGGGAAAUGGAAGAGAUGAUGAAACCGAUUGACCUGGAAAAAGCUCAAGUUCACAUAGAUCCCUCACCCUUUCAACUGGUUGAACGCACAUCCAUCCUGAAAGUGCAUUCACUAUUUUCAAUGGUGGGCAUUAAUCAUGCCUAUGUGACGAAAAUUGGCAGACUUGUGGGUGUGGUGGGUCUCAAAGAGUUACGCAAGGCCAUCGAAGAUAUUAAUAGUAAUAGUUUUGUGCCUCCAAAUCGAGAUGAAGUCGAGGAUCUUGAUGCCAAGCCAACUGUUGAGAAACCUCUGUUAUCACCAACAUCGAUUGGGGGAAGUGAUAAAGCUGUCGACAUGACCAUUACCUCAAUGGACUCAGCUCUAUCGAAUUCAGAUAAUUGUUCGGACAUUGAAAUGGAAUCCAUUUCCAAGUCCAUCGAAAAGACGCCGUCAUUGCCGCUAGAGACAACAACAAUAGACACACAAAAAGAGAAAUUAUAAAUUCAUUUCGAAGGGAUAAAAGCUGUAAUUACAUUAAUUUAAAAAAUGAUCAAUAAUUAAAAUAAGUUUUUAAUGAUUUUAAGCUAAUUCAUAAUUAGAAAAUCAAAUUGUUGUGUAUUUAUAUAGUUCUAUCUAUCUAUAUAUCUACCUAUCUACAUAUAAAUAUAUAUAUAUAUAUACAUACAUCUCGUUAGUGCCUAAAAGUCAAAGAUAUCGUGAUCUAUAUUUUAAG